AUGACAAUAGAUGGAUUUUGGAAUGAAGUGUCGAAAAAAAUAGAUCUGAAUAAACAUCGAGUUACUUUUAGAGAUUAUGCGUAUGAAUUCUAUCAUAAAAAUCAACGAUUCCUAAAUGUUGGAAUAGACAUUUUCCAGUGGAUAUUUGAGCAUGGUUGUUCUGUGGAGGGAGGGCUAGAACAAAGUAGAGGUAUAACAUCGUUGUCGGAAAAUGAGCAUGUGAUAGCGCUCAUUGUUGCCGGUAUAUCGAGUAAACUCAAAACUUUGACUGGCCUACCAAUUAAUUUUGUUAUCGUUUUUGAUGGAAAACUGAAGAACGAAAAAAUGCGAUGGAGUAGAGUGGAAGAAGAACAUAGUUCACUAAUCUUUGAAAAAAAAUAUAGAGAAGGGCUGGACUAUGUGAGAUCCAAUCAGCAUAUAACUAAGGGAAAAUGUGUUGAAGCUGUCAUGAAAUUACUCGAAGCAUGGAACGUGAGCUAUAUUGUAGCACCGGGUGAUGGUGAAAUCGAAUUGGCCAGACUAAACGAUGCUGGCAUUAUUGAUGCUAUUAUCUCGAAUGAUGCAGAUAGUUUUGCAUAUGGAGCCAAAACUAUUCUCCGAAACUACUCACGGUACAAGGAAGACAAACCAGCAUCUGGGAGAUCCACUGAACGACUUAAUCUAGAAUAUAUGGUUACUCCAGUGACCAUGAAAAUGCUUAACGAGAUUAAUUUAGAUACUCACAAAAUUAUGUUCAUUGCAUGUUGUCAAGGUGAUGAUUUUUCAAAAGGAAUUUCAUCUAUGGGAAUCAAGAAAGCUUGGGCGUUAGCUACUAUUGAGGUCAAAGAUUUUGAUCCUGUGCAUGAACUGAGAAAUAUAUAUGUAAGCAAAAACAAGCUGGAUUAUAUACAGGGAAAACUUCCUUAUGGAUAUGAACAACGAAAAAGGCUUUUAAAGGACUAUCAAGAAAAGUUGAAACAAAGUAUAAAAGAUCAUGGAAGACUAUAUUUUGGACGAGUCACAGCUUCGAACAUUACACUGCCAAAAGACUACAUAUUUGCGUCUCAUUAUUAUCCUCACUUUGCACCGAUGAUAUUUAAACAUAGGCACACUGACACUAAUAUGUUAGAAUUACAAGGUUCUUUGCCUGUUGCUAUUAGCCUUCCGGAACUACCCCAACCAUUGUCAGUAAAAUCAGUACAUGGAAGCCGAAUAUACGUUAAAUGUGGGAACAAUUCCACGUACCCCGAGCAUGUUAUGGAGUUUACAGAUUAUGUCUCUGGGCCACAAAUCGAAAAUUUUAACAGUGAUUAUUACCAUUGGUUUGAAAGAAUCAAGUAUAAUGCUAUUUUCACUCUAACAAAGUCAAACAAAAGCAAUCUAGAAGGCAUGGAAUAUGUUUCAGAUUACUUGGGUGGCUCGUUUGUUUGGAGAGCUAUUCUUAAUAAGGAAAAACUAGGUCUAGAAACCUCUUCGGUUUUUAUCAAAGCUACAAAAGUUGUAAAGUUUUCAUCUCAAGAAGCUACCUUUUACCAAGUGAAAUACUAUCCUAGAAAAAUAUUCAAAAAACUUUUGAAUUUGCCUGAUUUUCGUUUAGAUGAAAAUUUCAAUGAGAUUCAAGAUAAAAUUGAGCAUGUGUGGCUACCCGAACAGCUCCUUAAAAGCCAUUGCAACGGAAUUGAAAUUAUCAGAUAUUAUAAAGCUAAUAAAACACCAGGGAGCACUGAUAAAAAACUUUCUAAAACUAAGAAUGUAACUCCACAAAAGGCAACUUUGGACUACUAUAGCAAAACUGACAAAUCUCCUAUAACAAUACUAAAUAAAUCGCUCCCAGUUUUGAAUAUAUUCAAUGCUUCUAAACACAAUUUGGAGGACCGCUCUGUGGGUACAUCACCCAGUAAAAAGCUUAAGCUCGGUCAAGUAGAAGGAAGACUUUUUCAACGCAAUCAUAGUAUAGUGAUCCCACUGAAUAAUAAGAUUGGUAACACUGGCAUAAUUGACAAAGCCCAAACACCCGACGAUCCAGAAACGUACCGUGUUCUGAACAAUGCUAAUACAGCCAAUAUAGGCCAACUAAACGAAUCAUUCCUAAACCUUACCGAUGACGAUGCAGAUAUUUCUAGCGAGUUAAGCUUCACAAAGUUUCUUAACGACGCAAAGGCUAAAGAUAAAGCUGAUCAGCGUCAUUUCGAGGUAACCCCCGCAUCAGAAGUUUCCGAUAAGAAAUCUACUAAUUCAUCUAAACUAGUAAGUACGCUGGGUAACAAUGAUACAUUCGGGAGAAAACAUUUGAAAAAGAAUAAUAAUGCUGUUUUAAGAGGACCGAGUUUUAUGGAUCAGGUCACAAGGUUGCAGGAAGUACCUGCAGGACCGGUUACCUCGGAGACUGAUUUUUCUUUUGAGGAUGACUCAGAAAUAAAACAUGUACUCUUAGGAUUAAAGAGAAAGCAACAUGGAGAUGAUAAAGAAAUUGCACAAACACACACACAGGAAAAAAUUGAUUUAACCUCAGACGACCCAUUUGAUGACGAUAGUACAUUUUUACGUGGAAUAGACAACCUUGAGUCUAACCUACAGACUAAACCUCAAAAUAUAUUGCCUGCAAAAAAUAGUGGAAAUGAUAACAUAUAUGAGAUAAAUGGACCUGGAAAGUGUAUAUCCGAACAAGUGGGGGAAUAUAAUGUUGACCUUACAAUUUUGACUCCAAGCAGAGAAUUUGAGGGGAAUGAAGGAGGUGACAGGUGCAAUGAAAUACCAUUAGGAUCGCAUAAUACUUUUAUUGAAAUAGAAGCCGACGACUAUGCUACUGAGGCUAAAAGUUGUUUUUCUGCAAGUAUGGUUGAUAUAACAACAGAAUACCGUAAAUCUGGCAUCACUAGUGUCGAAGACAAAUCACAUAAUAAUCCUCCAUUCUAUUCAGCAAAAGAUAGUAGUGGCGACGUACUGUUGGCUGAAAAUACAAGUGAUGACGACUUGUCAAUGUUGUAA